AUGGCGACACAUAUGAGGGAGAAGCGAGUGGCCAAGGAGCGUCAAAAGAUCGAAAGGUCCGGUCUACCGCCCGGCAUCGAACUCGUGGAUGGCGACAGCUUGAAAGAAUGGACUUUUGAUAUCCGUGUCCUGGAUACAAAUCCGCUUUAUCAGAAUCAGACUUACCGCUUGAGAUUUGCUUUUCCACAGUCCUAUCCCAUUGAACCGCCUGAAGUCACAUUUGAUAUGAAGCCCGAUCGUCCUGUACCUAUCCACCCCCAUAUUUACUCGAAUGGCUUCAUAUGUCUCGAUUUACUCGAUACACAAGGAUGGAGCCCCGUGCAAAGCGCAGAGAGUGUAUGCAUGAGCAUCCAAAGCAUGCUCACCAGCAAUUCCAAAGAUGAGCGGCCGCCGGGAGAUGAGGAGUUUGUCCGCGGCAACCGACUGCGGCCCCGAGAUAUUGAGUUUCUAUAUCACGACAAUACUGUAUGA